AUGGCAGAUGAAGCACCAGAACCGAUUCGAAACAUCGGUAAAGUUCGAAAGUUUGUUGUUGGCACUGACUUCGAAGCGUAUGCCGAACAACUGGAAUUCUUUUUCGUAGCAAAUAGCGUGACUGAUGCUAAACAAAAGAAAGCUGUCCUGUUGACGAAUAUGCCUGCAGAAACCUACCAGUUAACAAAGGAUUUAUUUGCUCCACAUCUACUAAAAGAGGACACGAUCACGUACGAAGCGAUAGUCGAGCGACUUCAGAAACAGUUAAAGCCACAGAAAUCAGCAUUAGUAGCCAGAUACGAGUUUGAUAAUCGAGCGAGAAACGCUGGAGAGACGGUGAGUGAAUACGUAGCUGUUUUAAAACAUUUAGCUACAGAAUGUAAGUUCAACGAAACGAUGCGUUUAGAGCGACUUAGAGAUCGGUUAGUAUCUGGUAUUCGUGACAGAAAAAUGAUGUCAGAACUCUUAAAACUUAAGCUCGAAGAACUGACCUUUGACACAGCCGUUGCUAAAUGCAUCGCUAUUGAACAAUCAUGUAAGGACGUUGAAACUAUGCAAGGGGGGAGAGAUUCAAACCAUACGAAUAAGGAAUCAGAUUCAGUGAAUUUGUUAAAUAAACCUGAAGAGCAAAACAGGAAUGCGAAAGCCAAGAAAGGAAGGGACGCCUCUCCUUCCCCUGCAGACCCCAAGUGUUACCGUUGUCAUGGUGAUCAUCAGCAUAAAUCCUGCCCCUUUAAAAAUGCAAUUUGCCAUUAUUGUAAGAAGAGCGGUCAUAUUCGGAGAGCUUGUAGAAAACGAAGCAAAGAAACACAUAGUUUCAAACCCCCAGUAAAUCACAUUGAUGAUGAUGAUGAUAGUGACAGCGAUGAUUACCUGGCUAGUUUAGAAAUAAAUAAAGUGGGAAACAAAGAUAACGUAA